AGUGUGUGUGUGCGCGCGCUUACGAGAAUCGAGUUCGGAGAGAGAAAGUGUCGGCAACUGAUGAAGCCGUAGAAAUUAUUUUUUGCCGGAAGAAGCCAAGAAGAGUCGCCGGAAAACUCUAUACUUGAGAGUGUCUCCGACGGCACUUCAGGCGGGAAUUAUGGAAAAGAUUUUGAGACGAAAGAAGAGCUUUAAUGGUAAAUUGAGCGAGAGCCCAGCCACAACGACGUCGUCGUCGUCGACGUAUAAUGAAGAAGAAAUCGAGUGGGAGAUGCGACCCAGCGGAAUGCUGGUGCAGAAGAGAUGCGAGAAAUCUGAAGUCUCCGCUCCGAGCUUACGGCUUCGGAUCGCUUACGGCGCGUUCCGAUACGAUAUCUCCAUCAGCUCUCAAGCAACCUUCGGGGAACUGAAGAAGCUGCUAUCGGCGGAGACGGGGCUGCAGCCGGGAGAGCAGAGGCUGAUAUUCCGGGGGAAGGAGAGGGAGAACGGAGACUAUCUGGACAUGUGUGGAGUGAAGGACAGAUCGAAGGUGGUUUUGAUCGAGGAUCCGUCAAGCAAGGAGAAGAGAUACAUCGAGAUGCGAAGGAACGCGAAGAUCCAGAGCAUCCAUAGAGCCAUCUCCGACGUCUCCUUGGAAGUGGACAAGCUCGCAGACCAGGUUUCUGCUAUUGAGAAAUCUAUUGCAAAUGGGACGAAGGUGCCGGAAGUUCAGAUCACAACUUUGAUCGAGAUGCUCAUGAGACAGGCAAUCAAGCUUGAUAGCAUUCCCACUGAAGGGGAUGCUUCUGUCCAAAAGAAUUUGCAGGGCAAGAGAGUGCAGAAGUGUGUUGAAACCUUGGAUGUGCUCAAGAUAAAAAACGCCAAUAUAAAGCCAGUUGUUGUGACUACCAAGUGGGAAACCUUUGAUCCCCCAGCUACGACACAUUGGGAAUUCUUUGAUUGAUCUUCUUUCAUUUUUACUCAUUCAUUCUUAUGUAAAAGGACCCAAAAAGAAGCAUCUCUCGUUGUGCUUAUAGCCGUUGAUACCCUUGCCAAAUAAGCCUAGUCUGCUUGAUUGGUUGGAAACACAGAAUUUUGCUGAUCACACUUAGCCAUGGCCUUUUUCCCCAGAACUCGUUGUAAACAAUAAAUUGCUAUCUCCUUUCUUUUCCAUGUUCAUUGCAUUCAGAGAGAGAGAGAGAGGGGAAGGGGGGGUUAUUGUCGAAUUACUUGUCAGAUAUAAUCAAUUAUGAGUUGGUUCUAGGUCAA